AACCCACUCACCUUCUCCUUUGGCGCUGAGCUCAGCACUUUCUGGCGGCUAACGAACAUACUAGUAGUAGCUGGAUUUCAUCCUAGCCAAUUUUUAUCUAGCGAUAACUGUUCUUGUUUCUCUCCCAGUCAAUGCUCAACUCGAGUUUCUCCUCUCAAUGCCACAUGUACUCAGAAUAAUCCCGAGCGGAGAGGCUUGCGCUCAGCCGCUCGCUCUGUCUCCCAACAUGGUUGACGUGCACGCCGUCAGUUGCCGCCUUGCGCAAGCUGCUCAUUCCGUACGAGCUGCCAUGCGUUCUCUCGGUGGUGGACGGGAGUCACAGGAUUCCUCCCAUAAGGCCAUUCUCGCUAUGAGUGAGAUCAUAGACCUUAUAUACCAAGUCCGGGAGCAACUGAGUUCAGACGAGAAAUGGGCUAUCGCUCAGGCGCGGUUGAAUGCCCUCGAGGAGCUCUUGAACUCCUUCGAAAUUACGAUCGCGACGAUGGAGAUCAAUUUUCAGCCAGGAGGGGUGGGAAGUCGUGUCUACAGAAAGGGCCUACUGGAACAGACGUUCAUCCAACGGUUGGAACAAUACAGGAUGGCUUUCCUCGUCGCAAUGCAGCCUGAUUCCCGUGAGAAAGCUGCGAUGGAGCACCAGCUACGAACUUCAAUACGCACGUUCCGUGACUUGGAGCCCGAAUGGCUGCGACAAAACCCCUUUUGCGGGGAGGAUUUCCACUGCAUUACGAGUCCAGUCACGUCGAGAAACCUGAUGAAAUUUACUGGGAUGUGCAAUAGGCGGGAGCAGGGAACAUGCCAGUGGAUAUUUCAGGAGGAGAGCUACAAGGCUUGGCUUUUUGGCUCCUACCGGACGUUAUACUUCAUCGGGCCAGCCGGUGCCGGGAAAACAUUCAUGGCGUGACGCAUCUGUUACCGAAAACCUGCGAAAUACCUUUGCUCUCUCCGACGUUGCAGUAGUCUUCCUGUUCUGUGAGGAUGAGAAAGAUGACAGCCCGCGGUCUUCGAUAUCUAUACUUGAAAACUUUCUUGCUCAACUUGUCCAUCGCAGGGGUGCUGCAUCGCAUACGACUGCGGCCUUAUACGAAUCUGAGGAGUUCUUACGGG